GUAUGUCACCAUGCGGAGUGCCAGCAGCUGAACCACAGCAAUCCCUUGAACCUGUGUGAGGCCUGUGACCGCAAGUUCCACGGCACCAUGCACUUCGAUGGGCACAUCCGCUUCGACCUGCCCCCCCAAGGUUCCAUUCUGGCCCGGAACGUAUCCACGCGCUCAUGCCCCCCACGCACCAGCCCUGCCUCCGACGUGGAGGAGGAGGACGAAGGGCUAGUGGAUGGGAAAGGGGACAAGAAGAGCUCGGCGCUGAAGCUCCCCAAGAAGAAAGCCCGGCGCAGACACACGGAUGACCCCAGUAAAGAGUGCUUCACCCUGAAGUUCGACUUGAACGUGGACAUAGAAACAGAGAUCGUCCCGGCCAUGAAGAAGAAGUCCCUGGGGGAGGUGCUGCUGCCGGUGUUCGAGAGGAAAGGCAUCGAGCUGGCGAAGGUGGAUAUUUAUCUGGAUCAGUCCAACACGCCUCUGUCACUCAGCUUCGAAGCGUACCGCUUCGGGGGACACUACCUGAGGGUGAAAGGUGCGUCCCGUCCGGCCCCGCCCAAACCCGGCGAUGAGCUCAAGGUGGAGCAGGCCGUGAAAGACUUCAAAUCGCUGAGUCUGCCCAUCAUGCGCUCCUCAGGCUCCGCCUCCACCUUCCUCUUCACCCCCACCGGGGAGAGACCGGACCAGCCGCCCUUCCGCCGGGAGAGCAUGGACAUCCUGGCCCCGGGGCGGAAGCGGAAGAACAUGAACGAGUUUCUGGGCGAUUCCAGCAUCCCAGGCCAGGACCCCCUGCAGCACUUCAGCUGCUCCCUGCCCAGCAAUGGCAUCGAUACGUGGAAGAAUCGGGCCGCCAGUCGCUUCAGUGGCUUCUUUGGCUCCGGCGCUAGCACCGGCCCCUUCGGACGGGAGAUGGACAAGAUGGAGCAGCUGGAGAGCAAGCUGCACAGCUAUAGCAUCUUCGGCCUCCCCAAGCUCCCCCAGCAGCUCCGCUUCGACCAGGACUCCUGGGAGGAAGAGGAGGAUGACACCAGCCUGUGCCUGGAAGACAGCUGGCAGGAGAUCACCGAGGGCACGGAGGCCCUGACGCGCCGGCAGUGCCACCAGCAGGAGGCCGUCUGGGAGCUGCUGCACACAGAAGCCACCUAUAUCCGGAAGCUGAAAGUGAUCACGGACCUCUUCCUCUGCUGCCUGCUGAACCUGCAGGAAUCAGGGCUGCUGUGUGAGGUGGAAGCUGAGCGUCUGUUCAGCAACAUCCAGGAGAUUAUCCAGCUGCACCGGGCCCUGUGGAGCGGCAUCAUGGCCCCUGUCCUGGAGAAGGCCAGGAAGACCAAGGCGCUGCUGGACCCUGUGGACUUCCUAAAGGGAUUCAAAAUGUUUGGCUCCCUCUUCAAGCCCUACGUCCAGUACUGCAUGGAGGAGGAGGGCUGCAUGGAGUACAUGCGCACGCUGCUGCGGGACAACGACCUCUUCCGGCUCUACGUGACGUGGGCAGAGAAGCACAAGCAGUGCAACCGCCUGAAGCUCAGCGACAUGCUGGUGAAGCCGCACCAGCGCCUCACCAAGUACCCGCUGCUGCUCAAGUCGGUGCUGAAGAAAACGGAUGACCCUUGCACCCGGGACGCCAUCAUCACCAUGAUCAAUUCCGUGGAGCGGUUUAUCAACCAUGUGAACUCGCGGAUGCGCCAGCGGCAGGAGCAGCAGAGGCUGGUGGCCAUCCUCAGCCGGAUUGACUCCUACGAAGUGGUGGACAGCAGCACGGAGGAGGUGGAUAAGCUCCUAAAGGAGUUCCUGCACCUGGACCUGACGGCCCCCAUCCCAGGCACCUCCCCUGAGGACACGCGGCAGCUCCUCCUGGAGGGGAGCUUGAAAAUGAAGGAAGGUAAAGACAGCAAGAUGGACGUUUACUGCUUCCUCUUCACGGACCUGUUCCUCAUCACCAAGCCGGUGAAGAAGGCCGAGCGCACCAAGGUCAUCCGGCAGCCCCUGCUCGUGGACAAGAUCAUCUGCCGGGAGCUCAAGGACCCCGGCUCCUUCCUCCUGAUCUAUCUCAACGAGCUUCGCAGUGCCGUGGGAGCCUACACCUUCCAGGCCAGCGGGCAGUCCCUGUGCCGCGGCUGGAUCGAGGCACUGUACAAUGCACAGAACCUCCUGCAGCGGCUGCGUCUCCAGGAGCGGCAGCGUAGCCAGCGGCAGCAUCUGCAGAGCCUGGAGGAGGGAGAGGAUGGGGAGAGCGGGGCCUCGGCAGCCAGCUCGCCCACCAUCCUGCGCAGGAGCAGCAACAGCCUGGACUCCCAGCAAUGCCCCUCCGAUGGCUCCACGGAGACCAUCUCGGUGGUGGUGGUGGAUGCCAGCGAGGAGCUCUCCUUCCCGGACUUGGAAGUGGGGCCAUUCAGCUCGCAGUCGGACGAGACCUCCAUCAGCACCACCGCUUCGUCCACCACCCCAACCCGGGAGCUGUUGGAGGGGGGCGGGGACGGCUGCAGAUCGGCGUCCAUCGACAGCGCCUAUGGCACCCUCUCCCCCACCUCCAUCCAGGAGUUUGCUGAGGCGCAGCAGCUGGAGCCAGGGGUGGAGGAUGGGGGGCCCCCGCACUUGCAGCGUGCCCCCUCGCCCAAGCUGCGCCGCAGGACGCCCGUGCAGCUCCUGCCCUGCAAGGUGAAAGCGCUCAAGUCCAAGUCGGAGGCCAGCCUGCUGCAGCUGAUCCCAGCCUCGCCCCCUCUCGCCCAGAGCAAGAGCCUCUGUGACCUCUUCACGGCUCCGGGCCAGGCCACGUUCCUGGCAGGCCCCAGCCAAGGACUUGCACGGCGCGAGGUCCCGGCUGGCUUCCAGAGGACUAGCAGGGCGGGGGCCGGGAGCGGGGAAGCCCGGUCAGACUGCAGGAGCCUCGGCCUGAGCAUCUGCAGCAGCAGCAGCGGCUCCUCAUCGGAGCUCUCCGAGCCCGAGGAGCUGAUGUGUGCCAAGGGCUUUGCUUACCCAGCCGAGAGCAACGCAACGUCCCCUGCUGCGCCUGGGCAGGGAGCUCCCCCAGCAGGGCCUGAGGGGGCAUCUGCCCCGUGCCGGGCUCCCAGCACCGCCGUGACUGAGCCCCUGGCCCACCAGACACUGUCAGACCCGCAGGCGGCCCAGCACCGCAAGCUGACACUGGCUCAGCUGUACAGGAUCAGGACCACCUUGCUCCUCAACUCCACGCUGACCGCCUCGUAA